AACGAUAGAGCCACGCCCUCCCCAACCAGAGCCGAGACGCGGCGGCGGCGUUCUGUCCCUCUAGCGGAGAAGUGCCUCCACGGCGGAGCUGUCGCCGGAGAAGGCGAUGUUGCGCCCCCGUAACCCAAACCUCGACAAAAACAUGUUAUGCAAAAGAGGAGUUCACAAGGAACAGAAUGAAGGGCUCCCUACCCAAAGCCGAUGCAUGGAGAUCCAUGGCCGCGGAAGUAGCAGCGGGCGGCGGAGGAAACAAUCCGAUGAAAAAUAUCCAGGCUCCGGUGGAUUUCCCCGCGUCCGAGAAGGCCACGAGCAUGCCUCUGGGUCCCGGCGCGGCACCCAGAAGCUUCUACCAGAGCAGGACGCGGCCCGCGACAGCGCUAAUGGCGUUGAUGAAGAAUCCCUUUUACUCUAGUGUCCCAGAUUGCCUCCGUGAAGCCCGGUGAUGCUUAACGGUGACGCGUCAACGGCCGAGCGAUGGCGUGUCGUCGUAAAGCCUAGUGUGUCGAGCUUGGAUUCUCUGCUCUUCCACACUCGUCUUCCUUGUUUCUCUGUCCGAGCAUUGGGGAUGUCGACGAAGACGCUGGCCCAUGAUGACCAGUGGAUUCAUGGCGCCGAAGGGACCUUGGUGAGCAAUCCACCCGCCCGAGAUGAUCCUCUAGACUGGACUAAGCCAUGUGCACAUCCGCCAUGUUUGGGCGAGUCACCACGGCUGCUUCACAGAGGCUCGUCGACAACCAAGGCGCGGGUCGACGCCGGCUACUUCACUCUCUGCCUUCUUUUGCUUGGCGGUAGGGCUCUCG